CUGUCACUUUAAAAGAAAAAAAAAAAAGCCGCCAAGUGACCUUCCUUAGGAACGAGUUGCUAAGUGGGUGUUUUUGCGAAGGCUUGGCUGCAGCUUCCCUGGAGCCCGAGCCCUGGGACCGCCCCAGCGUUCGGCCUUGCCCUUUGAGCUCAGAGAAGACGCCACAGGGAGACCCGUCUCUCUCCGCAUCCCCUUCGCCCCAGAAAGCAGAAUCUGCCACGUGCCUUUGUAACGUUUCUUAAGGGAGGAGCCAUCACAGCCAGAAUGGAUCCCAAGGAAGAAAAAAUGAAAAUAAUCACAGAGGAGGUCAUUGAAAAUGAUGAGGAUGCAGAUAUGGGAAGAGAGAAGGCUGCGAAGGCUCACAGACAAAGAAGAAAGAGACAGCUGCGCACCGCCGGCCCCGCGGAGAUGGUGUCUGGCAGAGAUGAUCUUGGAGGCCCACGGGAGGCGGCAGCGGAGGAUCCCGACCCCAACACCCAGCUCCUGGGCGUGACGGCCCGCCGAGGCCCGCGAAGCUUACCUCCGAUCCCGUCGGCCUCCAGAACGGGCUUUGCGGAGUUCUCCAUGAGGGAGCGCAUGCGCGAGAAGCUGCAGGCCGCCAGGUCCAAAGCAGAGAGUGCGUUGCUCCAGGAAAUGCCCACCCCUCGGCCCAGGCGCUUACGAGGCCCCGGUGAGAAGGACCUGGAGACUGAGUUCGGCACGGAGCCAGGCAGAGGGGCACAGAGGACCCCACAGGAAGACGACUCCCAAGCGCACGCAAGAGUCAAGUUCCGUGAUUCUGCGCGAAAAAUCAAGUCUAAACCCCCGGUUCCGCCUGGCUUCCCUUCUGCUGAAGAAGCCUAUAACUUCUUUACCUUCAGCUUUGACCCCGAACCAGAGGAAUCAGAAGAAAAAACAAAAGUAAGAAGCAGAGAUGGAGCUAACCAAGAGGAGGAGGAAGGAGAGGGAGAAGAGCCACCCGUGCGAGGAGCAAACCAAAUGGAUGAGGAAGAGCUGCUUCGUGGCAAAGAUGCUGAGGACUUCCUGUUGGGCUUGGAUCCCGCGGCUGAAGACCUCGUGGCCGUCCGACCCGCCGACUAUGACGGCGCCCGUGUUCGGCUGCAGAAGGAGAAAGAGCUCCUGUUCACACCCAGCAGGCUGACAGUGCCCACGUACAAAAAGCUUCCCGAGAACGUGCAGCCCCGGUUCCUGGAAGACGAAGGCCUGUACGUCGGCACCAGGCCGGCCGUGCCGCGCACCACGCAGAACAUCGUGGAGAACAGACUGCUCACGCAGGACCCUGACAGAAAGUGGUUCGGAGAUGAUGGCAGAAUCCUAGCCCUGCCAAACCCCAUCAAGCCAUUCCCUGCAAGGCCGCCAGUGCUGACCCAAGGGCAAGGCGUGAACGCAGAGCUUGAAACGCUGUAUAAAAAGGCGGUCCGAUAUGUGCACAGAAGUCAACAUAUGAUUGGAUCUGGAGACCCUCCUGGGAAUUUCCAACUGGACAUUGAUAUUUCAGGGUUAAUCUUCACUCACCAUCCCUGUUUUAGCCGAGAGCAUGUUUUGGCAGCCAAGCUGGCCCAGUUAUAUGACCAGUACCUUGCAAGAUGCCAGCGGAACAAGGCAAAAUUUCUUUCUGAUAAGCUCCAAGCUCUGAGAAAUGCUGUUCAGACAGGCCUUGAUCCAGCAAAAACUCAAAAGUCUGUUGAUAUAACCCAAAAAGCCAUCAAUGAGUAUAAAUCUGAAAUUCGGCAAACAAGAAAACUCCGUGACGCCGAACAAGAAAAAGAUCGAACAUUGCUUAAGACCAUCAUCAAAGUUUGGAAGGAAAUGAAGUCCCUGAGAGAGUUCCAGAGGUUUACAAAUACACCCCUGAAACUUGUUUUGAGAAAGGAAAAAGUGGACCAGAAGGCUGACGAAGAAGCAUAUGAAGCAGAAAUUCAAGCUGAAGUAGGUGAAUUGCUGGAAGAACUCUCGGAGGAGCACGAGCAGAAGAUGGAGGAGUACAGAGCCGCCCACCAGCAGUGGAAAGCCUGGAAGAAAGCCCAGAGGGCCAAGAAAAAGAAAAAGAAACACGCAGCGGAAGAACACCCUGAGGAGGAGGGGGAGGAGCCGUUUCCUGGCGAGGGUCCGGUGAAACCCGUCCCUCCGGAGCCGCCCAGUGGGGUGGUGCUGGAGCAGCAGGUGCGGGAGAGAGCAGCCCGGAGCAGGAGGAGGCCUGGGGAGCCCACGCUGGUCCCAGAGCUGACCCUGGCGGGGAGCGUGACGCCCAACGACCAGUGUCCCAGGGUGGAGGUCUUACGCAGGGAAGACGUCAAGAGGCGCUCGGUGUACUUGAAGGUGAUCUUCAACAACAAGGAGGUGUCCAGGACCGAAGUUCGGCCACUCGGAGCAGACUUCCGAGUCCACUUUGGACAGAUUUUCAACCUGCAGAUAGUCAACUGGCCAGAGAGUUUAACACUGCAGGUCUAUGAGACAGUUGGACACAGCGGGACCACCUUGCUAGCAGAAGUGUUCCUGCCCAUUCCUGAAAGCACUGUGGUCAGUGGGAGGGCUCCCACCGAAGAAGUGGAGUUUAGCAGUAACCAGCACGUGACCCUGGACCACGAGGGGGUCGGAAGUGGUGUGCCCUUCUCAUUUGAAGCCGAUGGUAGUAACCAGCUGAUUCUGAUGACCUCGGGGAAAGUGUCCAACAGCGUGGCAUGGGCCGUUGGAGAAAAUGGGAUACCUUUAAUUCCUCCACUGUCACAGCAGAACAUUGGAUUUAGGAGUGCUUUGAAAAGAGCAGAUGCCAUCUCAUCCAUUGGCGCCUCGGGACUGACAGACAUGAAAAAGUUGGCCAAGUGGGCGGCAGAAUCCAAGCUCGAUCCCAACGAUCCCAGCAACGCUCCUCUGAUGCAGCUGAUCUCGGUCGCCACCAGCGGCGAGUCCUACGUCCCUGGCUUCUUUCGACUGGAACAGCUGCAGCAGGAAUUUAACUUCGUGUCAGAUGAGGAACUAAAUAGAUCGAAACGAUUCAGGCUUCUGCAUCUUAGAAGCCAAGAGGUGCCAGAAUUCCGAAAUUAUAAGCAAAUCCCAGCAUAUGACCGAGAAAUCAUGGAAAGGGUAUUCCAGGACUAUGAGAAGCGGCUACGAGACAGAAAUGUGAUUGAGACAAAGGACCCCGUCGAUGGCCACAGGGCCGUAGUAGCCAAGUACCUCCAGCAGGUUAGAGAAUCCGUGUUAAAUCGUUUCCUAAUCGCAAAACGCCAUUUUCUUCUCACGGAUUUGAUCGUCGAAGAAGAAGUUCCCAAUAUCAGUUCUGAAGGCUCGGGCAUUCUUGGCCUAAGCCUCUUCAAGCUGGCGGAACAGAAGCGACCCCUGAGGCCAAGGAGGAAAGGCCGGAAGAAGGUGACCGCCCAGAACCUGUCGGACGGAGACAUCAAGCUGCUGGUGAACAUCAUCCGAGCUUACGACAUUCCGGUGCGGAAGCCGGCGGCAGGCAAAUUCCAGCAGCCAGCAAGGUCUUCCAGGACUUUCAGCGAGAAGCGGGCUGCUUCCCCAGCGGCGCACAGCAGCCCGGCCCCCAGUGCCGACUACCCGCUGGGCCAGGUUUUAGUACGGCCUUUUGUAGAAGUUUCUUUUCAACGAACAAUCUGCCACACCACGACGGCUGAAGGGCCAAACCCCAGCUGGAAUGAAGAACUUGAACUUCCGUUUCGGGCCCCGAACGGGGACUACAGCAUGACGAGUUUGCAGUCGGUGAAAGACGACGUGUUCAUUAACAUUUUCGACGAAGUCCUAUACGACAUCUCGGAGGAUGACCGGGACAGAGGGAGCGGAACCCACACCCGGAUCGAGAGACACUGGUUGGGAUGUGUGAAGAUUCCAUUCAGCACCAUCUAUGUCCAGGCAAGGAUUGAUGGCACAUUUAAAAUAGACAUCCCCCCGGUUCUCCUGGGCUACAGUAAGGAGCGAAGCGUGGCUCUUGAGCGGGGUUUUGACCCCGUCCGGAGCCUCAGCGAGGGCUCCUACAUCACCCUGUUCAUCACCAUCGAGCCUCAGCUGGUUCCCGGGGAGCCGGUUCGAGAAAAGUUCGAUUCCCAGGAAGAUGAGAAAUUACUUCAAGCCACAGAGAAGUUUCGAGCUGAAUGUGCCUUAAAAUUCCCAAACCGCCAGUGCCCGGCCACGGUGCUCGACCUCAGCGGGAAGACCGUUUUCAUCACUCGCUAUCUGAAGCCUUUAAACCCUCCCCCGGAGCUUCUCGAGGCUCAUCCCAACAACCCGCAGGCCACGGCAGAGCUGGUGGCGCGAUACGUGUCGUUGAUUCCGUUCUUGCCGGACUCCGUGUCGUUUGCCGGGAUCUGUGACUUAUGGAGCACGUCCGACCAAUUUCUGGACCUCCUGGCAGGAGACGAAGAAGAGCACGCAGUCUUACUGUGUAACUACUUCCUCUCCCUGGGGAAGAAGGCCUGGCUCGUGAUGGGCAACGCCGUCCCCGAGGGCCCGACUGCCUACGUGCUAACUCGAGAGCAAAGUCACUACUUAAUAUGGAAUCCCUGCAGUGGACAUUUUUAUGCACAGUUUGAUACAUUCUGUCCCUUAAAAAGUGUGGGCUGUUUAAUAGGUCCUGAUAACAUUUGGUUUAACAUUCAACGAUAUGAUUCACCACUAAGAAUAAAUUUUGACGUCACCAAACCCAAGCUAUGGAAAUCUUUCUUUUCAAGAAGCCUUCCAUACCCUGGCCUUUCCAGUGUCCAGCCCGAAGAGCUGGUGUACCAGGGCUCUGACAAAGCGGCCGCGGCCGAGCUGCAGGACAGGAUUGAAAAAAUACUGAAAGAAAAAAUCAUGGACUGGAGGCCACGGCACCUGACUCGGUGGAACAGGUACUGCACCUCCACGCUGCGCCACUUCCUGCCCCUGCUGGAAACCAGCCGAGGCGAGGACGUAGAGGACGACCACCGAGCAGAGCUGCUGAGACAGCUGGGCGACUACCGGUUCUCUGGAUUUCCCCUUCACAUGCCCUAUUCAGAACUGAAGCCUUUAAUUGAAGCUGUGUAUAGCACCGGAGUACACAACAUAGACGUCCCUAGUGUCGAAUUUGCUUUAGCUGUGUAUAUCCACCCAUAUCCCAAAAACGUCUUGUCUGUUUGGAUCUAUGUUGCCUCCCUUAUACGUAACAGGUAAUGUUUUCAUUGUAUACUUUUUCUAUCAGGUAAAACUGUAAUUAGGAUAUGAGAAUAUUGUUAAGUGAUACUGAUCAAUCGCAUCGCAAGAAAAUAUUUGCAAAUAAAAUUUCAAACUGUGCAAAAAAGUGUUUUUAUUUAGUGAUCUGCCUUGUCUCUGCCACUGUGACCUGAACAUCGGGCGACUCCCCAGGUCCCCCCUACACUCUUAGCCGCACACACGCGGCCCCGGCACUUGCUCACCUCCCGCUCGAGAGCCCUUCUUCUCCACCUGCCCAGCAGAGGACCAGCCAUACUUCUAAGACCCCGCACAGAUACGUUUCUGAGGGAAGGAGGAACAACUCUGCAAUGUAAAACUAUUCAUUUUUAAUGUUAAAUACAUCAUAAAACCAUAGCCCACAGAAAUAAAUACUAAGCCUAAACUAAAUGGUUUGCUAACAUUAGGCGAGCACAGGACAAAGCAAAAGGGAGGCACCUCAAUUACCUGGAACCCCUGGGGAAAUUAGCUGCUCAAAUUAUUUAAAAGGAUACAUUUAGAGCCAAGUCCUGAAACACCAUUUAUUAUUUUUAUGUAAGUAUUAUCAUAAUUUUACACCCCAAAUCUGAUGCCAUUUUCUGAUUACAUGGGAGAUCAACUUCUUUAGCUCCCCUGGAUGACCCGGGCAUGGUUACAGAUGAGUAAUUUCUACCAAGGAGUCCAUGCAACUACUGAUGGUAAGGUGAAGUACAGGACUGGGUGGCACUCGCCGCGGAAAAAUUCCUGUAGUUUGUUUUCCUGCAAUAGUCCCUUAUGUCAACUUUUCAAACAAACUUCACUAAACAUUUAGGGAAAUAAAAAUACCAUGACUACAAUUAAGAGUCAAUCUUACAAAAUAAAAAUUCUGACCCCGUAACUAUUCAAUAUGCUCCGAUUUCCUUUCAAGUUCUCUAAGGGAAUCAAGGAACAGUUUCUCACUUUGUGCUGAGGCCGGACUUGAAAGGACAAGACAGCACACAGCGGUGCCACAAGAGACAUAACUGCUCAAGUUCAGCAGCUACAAACUCAAAACGGAAGAUGGUCUGCUGAGACAGCUGCCCUGCCAGGGAGUUCAGUGGCUCCAUCAUUUAUUCUGCAAAUGCUAACAGGAGCGGGAUCAAGAUGAGAGCCCUCAGAGAGAGGUAAAUUUUCAGUCAUUAGACGUCCCUGCUUUAGAGCUGAUGAUCUUCCCUUUAGAGUGUUUAAUUCAAAUGUGAGUGGAAUAAGCAUGCGUGAAUUCUUAUUUGUAUGCCCAUCAAAUGAUUCUUUUUCCAUCUUUACACAGCUCCCAGAUAGUUUUCUCUGAGCCUGAACUGAAACCCAUCGCCCUGUAACUGGGGUCUCUCCUACCCCUCCUAUGCCCAGUAGAACAAACAAUACCUGGGAUGACAGACAACACGACGACUCCCUCUUCCACAGCCGUGCGGGGACUUCGGCGGCACGCCGCCAGCUAUACCCCCUUCUUCAUCACAUGGAAGCACACGCGGCGCUGUAUAAAACUGACUCGGUGUGCGCCUCGCUGAGCUGGAGGUCUCCACUCCCGCUAUCUCUUCGCGCGGCAAUGAAGAUAAGCGUGCAAAUUCAAAUUUGACUACUGCACAAUCAAUCUCAAAAAGACAAUUCAGCUCAUGGGAGUUGAGAUAUUUAUUCCUAUUUCACACUAAAUUUAAACCUGCACUGAGAUUGAUAAUAAAACCAAAACACAAAAGAAAUUACUUGGUAAAGUCCUCAAAGUAGAUUUUAUUUAUACAUUUCUUCAAAUGAUUGUGGAAUUUUUAAAAAUCCCUCUCAAAUUUGACAAUUUAGGGGAAGUGGUAGAACCAGGGGUUCUUAGAAGAAGCUAAUACAAAUAAACUGGUGCUUUGCCAGCUCACUGAGCUACCACCAAGAAGCCAAUUUGUUCUGUAUUCUUAAAGAAUCUUACAUGUGGGUAUGUUUGAAUUGGCCCUCUGAGAGUUGUUCAAAUAAAGGAAACAGUAUGGAAAAGAGACUGGUUCCAAAACGUGCAGUCUCUGAAAAUAAAACUUCAGCAGCUAUGUCC